AUGAGUUUACUUAGGGAAGAUGAAGUAGAGCUAUUGGAAUCUAAACUUAGAGAUUCGACCAAAGGUAUCAUACCAAAGUUGAGUGGUGAUAGUUUUAUCAAGGGAUCAGAGGUGAUCGAUUGGAUGGUAGCCAACAUGUCGGUGUCGCGUGUCAAAGCAUCAGAGUACGGACAGAUGCUUUGGAAUCGCGGUGUGUUCGACCAUAUUGCACCGCACCCAUUCUCUGAUGACGGUCAGCUCUUUCGUUUGAAACCGAGUGAAGCAUCACCAAGAAAGCCAGUUGACGAUCAACAGUGGAAUCAACUGAAACAAGAUGCCGCCAAUAAAGAUACAUCAAAUGUUGAUCCAAUUGCAAAAUUACAUAAAUCAAUUGAAAAUGCAACAAAAGUAUAUCAAAGAUUAUUAAGAGAUAAGAAUCAGACAGCUUCACCAAAUAUAUUGCUAGGUUUAAAGUUGUUGGAUCAAACUUUGAAUUUGAUAGCAUCAAACAGUGGUAGUAAUAGUAGUAAUGUAGUACAUCCUUGUUAUAGUCAGAUACUUCAUUUAUUAAAUAAUCCAGAUGCUGAAGUAGUAGCCAACAACAACAACAACAACAAUAGUACAUCUACAACAACACCAACACCAGCACCUACACCUUCAACUAAUAGUAAUAGCAAUAGUAGUAGUAAAAAGACAACUACUACACAAGAUUCAACAAAGAAGACAACUACAGGUUCAACAACAAAAACAACUAAUACUACAGCAACAACAACAACAACAAACAACAACAAAACAAAAGAACAAGAAAUUCAAGAAUUGACUGAUGCAUUAGCUUUUUCAGAGAGAUUGGAAAUUGGUUUAGUUCAACAACUUAAUUUAGCACACCAACAAACAACACUAUUGAAAACAUUAAAGAAAAAAUAA